CCUAUACACAAAAUGGGCGCCGCGGCUUCUGUCUUCCCCUCCUUGCCGGAGGACUUGACCACUCCGUACCAGCAGCGACUGGCCAUCUACGGACCCAACUCUGUGUCUAUCGGCUGGAAUACGUACGAACAGCUGAACCAGAGCUGUGUGCGAUAUGGGCUGUCAGAGACGAACCUCAACCAGGUGGCAUGUUCGUAUCUGUCGACGACGUACGAGACGUCGCGAACCUGGUCGAGCGCCGUCAUCCUCAAUGAUCUGAGUCCCGCCACGACGUACUUCUACAAGAUCGUGUCGACCAAUUCCACCGUGCAGCAGUUCAUGAGCCCUCGCACCCCCGGCGACACCACCCCGUUCACCGUCGACGUGGUGAUCGACCUGGGGGUAUAUGGUGCGGACGGAUAUACAGUGACAAAGCGAGAGCUCUCGUCUCGGGAGAUCCUGAACCAGAGCAUCCCUGCCGUGGACCCUGCGAUGGAUAACCUGACGACGAUCGACCGUCUGGCCGAGACGAUCAACGACUACGAGCUGGUCAUCCACCCGGGCGACUUUGCGUACGCGGACGACUGGAUCGAGGUGCUGGAUCUGUUGACCGAGGGCGAGGAGGCGUACCAGAGCAUCCUGGAGCAGUUCUACGAGCAGCUGGCGCCCAUCGCGGGCGUGAAGCCGUACAUGGCCGGGCCGGGCAACCAUGAAGCCUCCUGCGAGGAGAUCCCCGACACGGAGAGUCUCUGUAACGAGGGCCAGCGCAACUUCACCGACUUCCUGCACCGCUUCGACCGCACGAUGCCCCGGCCGUUUGCCUCCUCGUCGACCAAUGCCACCGCCGUCGAGCUGGCCGCCAAAGCCAAGACACUCUCCCGCCCGCCCUUCUGGUACUCGUUCGAGUACGGAAUGGUGCACUUCACCUUCAUCGACACCGAGACGGACUUUGCCGACGCCCCCGACGGCACAGAGGGAUCGGCAGGGCUCGGCGCGGGGCCCUUUGGCUUCAAGAACCAGCAGACAGACUUCCUGGCCGCGGAUCUCGCCAGUGUCGACCGCUCCGUCACCCCCUGGCUGGUCGUCGCGGGCCAUCGCCCGUGGUACUCGACCGGCGGCGACGACAACAUCUGCGAUGUGUGCCAGGACGCCUUCGAGGAGCUCAUGUACCUGUACGGCGUCGACCUGGGCGUCUUUGGCCACGUCCACAACUCUCAGCGCUUCUACCCGCUCUACAACGGUACCGUCGACCCCAACGGCAUGCACAAUCCCAGCGCGCCUCUGUAUAUCGUCGCCGGAGGAGCUGGCAACAUCGAGGGUCUCAGUACGGUCGGCAGUGAGCCGUCGUACACGGCCUUUGCCUAUGCCGAUGACUACAGCUACAGCUCCCUCACCUUCCUCAAUGACACGGCGCUGGAGAUCAAGUUUCUGCGCUCCUCUACAGGCCAAGUCUUGGACACCAGCAUCUUGAUCAAGGACCAUUCUCAGCAGUUUGUGCGGCAGUGAUAGUAGCCAUCAUGGUUAGGGUUGGGUUGACACAACUGGUUGAGAUAUCGCAAAUAUUUAACUCUUGUAUAACCCUAACCUAACCUGACAUCUGGAAUAAUACACUUUACACUAACCCUA